ACAUUUCUCAAGUUUUGGUUCCUCAUUCUUCUCGUAAGGAGCAGCGCGGCAAAAUGGCAAAGACCACAAAUAAAACGCAAUUGGAACUAUUGGUGCAAUUAAUGGACUCCCAACCGGGUAUCGCUCGUGGUUUCUUCAAAGGCGGCAAGGAAGAGUUGGCAAAAUUUUGGCGAUCAGCAGAAAUAAAGCUGAACAGUGCAGGUCCACCAAUGAAAACUGUUGCCGAAUGGAAAAAGGUACAUAAGGGUACCGAUUUGUUGCAUAUUUCAAUAAAAUUUUUAUUACAGGUGGCGCAAAAUGUAAGAGCCAGGACUGGCACAGGCGGGGGACCAAACACUGAAAAGACAUUUACGGCGACCGAAGAGGCAAUUUACAAACUUAUAAGUAUGAAGGAGUCCGUGGAGGGUAUAGUCGUGCCCAAGUUUGGGUUGCAAGCGGAACAAGCUGAACUCACGAUCGAUUCAGAUGAAAUGGAUGUACACGAAAUUGAACUCGCGAAUACAACUCUGAAAAUUGCUUAUUGUGAUUUAUUCAUGAGCAAAAAGAAGAAAAACUAA